AUGGAAGAGCUUAAGGAAGUAGUUAAAAAUCUACCAAAUGGAAAAGCUCCUGGAUUAGAUGGAGUUUGUUAUGAACACGUUAAGAUUGGUGGUGAUACACUGCUAAGUAAUAUGUUGUCAUUAUUUAAUAUGAUAAUUACGGAAGAAAAGAUCCCAGCCAGUUUCAAAAUUGCAAUAAAAAUACCAAUACCAAAGAGUCACAACGGCAAAAACAGUGGUUUUCAUGAUCAUAGAGGCAUAAGUCUUCUCCCUGCCUUCGACAAAAUAUUACAAAGAAUCAUUCUGAACAGAAUACAAUCGCUUCCUCCAACACAAAUCCAUAGUCUCCAGGGAGCUUACCAAAAAGAACAAGACGCAUUAACUACAGCUUUUAUGAUCGAUGAAUCUAUUAAAAGCUGUUGUGAUGAGGGAGAUUGCGUGUAUGCGUGUUUCGUGGAUAUUCGAAAAGCGUUCGACAAAAUGUGGAUUGAUGCGAUGCUGUAUAAACUGUUUCAUAAAGCUGGAAUAAAAGGUAAACGUUAA